CAGUCAGCGCGGCGAGCUGCUCACGUCCCGAUCCUCUGCAAAGUCUCUCGUCGUGUUGGAGAAGAAGCCCAUAAAGGACACCGAGGAGUGGAAAUACACCGAAAAACUACAUAUUUUCCGAUCAAGACAAGCGAGGAGGAUUUUACCCCAUAACGCGGACCAGAGCCCCUCUUCAGUGGGCAAAGGCGCCUGAACUUUGGGGGAAUUCAACCACAGCAAAAAUGAACCGGAGUUUUAAGCGAAAUGCGGAUUGUAACGCAGUUGAAGUUAAGAGCAAGUAUGGAGCUGAGUUUCGGCGCUUCUCAGUCGACCGCCUCAAACCGGGCAAAUUUGAGGAGUUUUACAAGCUCAUCCUGCACAUCCACCGCAUUGCAAACAUGGAAGUGAUGCUCUGCUACGCCGAUAUCCAUGGCGACCUGUUGCCCAUCAACAAUGAUGACAACUUCUGUAAGGCGGUGUCCACGGCCCACCCGCUGCUCAGGGUCUUCAUCCAGAGACAAGAAGAGAUUGAUUACACCAGUUUUGGCACCAACACACUAACGCGCAAGAAGAAAGCAGUGGUGGCUCUACGUAAUAACGAUGUGAACCGGAAGCGCCCACACAUCCGGAUAGGCAUGCCCCAGGACUUUCGGCCCGUCUCCUCCAUCAUCGACGUGGACAUCCUACCGGAGUCUCAUCGCCGUGUCCGCUUGUACCGCCACGGUUCGGACAAACCUCUUGGCUUCUACAUUCGUGAUGGGACCAGUGUUCGGGUGACGCCACAUGGGUUAGAGAAGGUCCCGGGGAUCUUCAUCUCACGCUUGGUGCCAGGUGGAUUGGCUGAAAGCACAGGGCUGCUGGCUGUAAAUGACGAAGUGCUGGAGGUGAAUGGCAUUGAAGUUACAGGGAAGUCUCUUGAUCAGGUCACAGAUAUGAUGAUCGCAAAUAGCCACAAUCUGAUCGUUACAGUGAAGCCAGUGAAUCAGAGAAACAAUGUGGUGCGCAGUAGCAGGAUCUCUGGCAGUUCUGGUCAGUCCUCAGAUAGCAGCGGUUCCAUUGGGUACCCAACUUCUGUAGCCUCCACCGGGAUGCCCCUUUCCGCAGCUCAUGGUUACCCUGAUGACCUUGAAAGUGACGAAGAUGCUGAUAUCGUCAUUGAAAACAGCAUCAAGCGGCCUUCCCAGCGUUCCAAUGCAUCAGUGGCUUCCAACAAAUCCAACUUAUCCCGUCCCCACCACCAAAUCCCCUCUGCAACCAGUAUAGGAGCAGCAGCACCAGGUCAAGCAGCUCUUCCUUCUCCAAGCCCACCUGCGCGUCCCCCUUCUGUCAUUUCCACAGCCUCAUUCCACUCCCAAACCAGUCUUAAUGGAGGGUCUUCCCAAAACCAUUACCACCAUCACCACCAGCAUAGUGGAGCCAGCCACAAAACCCACAAGGACCUUCCACACAGCCUGCAGUCCCAGCUUCACAUACGGCCGUCCCACCACAGCAGCAACCCCGCGCUUCGCCAUAGCAACGGUAGCAUCCACAAAAUGCUCAGCGCGCUCAAAACGGACCCUCGACACAGCCUGGUGCUGCCCAGAGGAGGAGUGGAGGAGGAUGGCACCGUUAUCACACUAUAAUACAAAAUCACAGACUCUCAACUUCUAAAGACUACAAACUGGUGUGUUUUUACCACAUACUAAUUUUUAUAACAUCUUUCUGUACAAGAUUAUCAUAAAAUGGAUUAUGAAAAUGUAUAUAUCAUGUAUUUUAAAUUGUCUUUAAAAUUUGUCUUACACGAAAAGAAUUGUACGUAUGUAUGUAAUAAACUUCAGAACAAUGUUUUUAGGUGAUUCCACUGUUAUAUAGCGUUCUGAAUGUGCCUCUACUCUUAGUGACCACUUUUACUGUGUCUUUCAAUGCUAAAAACUGGGACCAACAUUGGGGUUACUCACGGAUGUUUUUAAAGAGUAAAUCUAUAUUUCUAAUGAACUCAAAUAAAUGCUGUGUAGAGUAUGAUUUUUAAAUAGUCCUUUUAUGCAUUGAUGAUUUUGAUUCUGUUCCUGUUUCAAUAAAUUAUUCCAAGUCUCAGCUUUGGAAAGCUCUUGCGCA